AUGCCAUGGUUCCCGCCGGCCGGACAAUCGACGCAGGACGGCUGGCGCUUCGACAUCGUCAGCCUCCUCGCCAUCAUUGGUGAAUCGACACUUGAGCGACACGUUCAGGUCAUCACCGCCUCUUCGUAUGCCUGGCUCCCGCGCCUCCUCCCAGCCCCGCAGACCGUGCUCAAGACCGAGCGACCGGCUCGACUGCCCUCCAUCAAGGACGUCGUCAUCACAGGCGUCUAUUCCGGACUGCACCUCACAGAACUGAAUUUCUUCGCCGAUGUGAUCCACGAUGUCGCCACGCUGCAGCAGUACGAGUUCCGCGUGUACGACAUCCACUACGCACAGAAGGAGUCAAAGGAGGCGGAGGAGCUGCGGUCCCGACCGCGAGUCUUGACCGACGGAGUCGCAGAACCAGUCUACAUCCCUGUGAAGAGAUUCUGCGCUCUCAAUGUCGUAAUCUGGAUCUCCGUGGUCAUGACCAUCGGUCUCUUCGUCUGGGCUGGUCUCAUUCACGACGGGCUCGCAAUGAUCGCGCUCGUAACCAUGUCGCUGUCGAGCAGUCUGGCCUGUCUUUCCUCGGAAUGGUACCCCGUCCUCUCGCACCGGCCGACCGACGCCAAGGUCCCGCGGGGUGAUAUCGUGAUUGCGACGCGCCACGGGGCGUUUGUGGUAGUCCGAUGCGACGAGGAGAUCACGCGGGAGCUAUAUGGGGGCACGGAGAUGUGCCGGUAUGUGUUUGGCGAUACAUGGCAUCGGGUGCUGCUGGGGACCAGCACGGUCCUGCUCAUGGCAUCUGUGAUCCUGUUCAAUAACUGUGGCUGGACGAUGCAGGCGGCCAUCGGUGUCGCGUAUAUCAUUCUGAAUAUCUUGUACUGGGCGGUGCCGUUGAUGAUGCACCGCAAGUCGACGUGGGAUAUGAGCCGGUAUGAGAUCAAGAGGGCUGCACCCAAGGCGCAACCGACGAAGCGAAUGCCAAGCUAUACGGAGACCCUGUGGUAUGCCAUCCGUGAAACUGGACGGACAGAGUGGGUUGAAAAUAGCAAGCUUGCGCCGUCAACAGAGGCCUGGCGAAAAUGGCUGCAGGAGGCUCUGAGGAACUGUUACGACGGGUCCACGUGGGAUCCGAUAGACGCCAAAGAUCGCUUGAUGCGGGAGGCCGCAGAGAGUGUGACGGCGGCGACAAAAUUAGACUGA